CUGGACAUCAGCAAAGGUUUUCAUAAACACUCGCUCUUGAUUAUCGUGCUGUGGAAAAGCUCCGCCUCUAGGCCUUCAGCAUUUUAUUCCUUCCGCAAGCCCUCAAGCCCAACGAGUCCAACUCAAUAGCAAACGCAACAUCUACACUGCUACCGGGAAUGCAGUACGUCCGCCUCGGUGCCUCGGGCCUCAAGGUCUCCCGUAUCAUCCUCGGCGGAAUAACCUUUGGAAAGUCCACAUGGGAAGGCUCACCAUGGACAUUGGACGAAGGCGCAAGCAUGCAAGUCCUCAAACGAGCCUAGGAUCUCGGCAUCAAUACCUGGGACACUGCAGAUAGGUACUCCAACGGCGAAAGCGAAUGCAUCCUUGGCAGAUUCAUGAAGAAAUACAACAUCCCAAGAUCGAAGGUCGUGAUCAUGACAAAGGUAUUUAAUCCAGUCAUGGGCGGCGAUAGUAGACCAAAUCCCGGGGACCCCCACUCGCGGGAGUUGGUCAACCAGAUGGGGUUGAGUCGGAAGCAUAUUUUCGACGCUGUGGACUCAUCUCUCGAAAGGCUGGGCACACUGUACAUCGACGUGCUACAACUACAUCGCCAAGACCAGGAGACACCGCCCGAAGAGAUGAUGCGCGCAUUGCAUGACGUCGUGUCUAUAGGCAAAGUACGCUACCUAGGCGGCUCGUCAAUGUACACGUGGGAAUUUGCACGGCUCCAAUAUACGGCGAAGAUGACGGCUGGACAUCCUUCACGUCUAUGCAGCCCUUCUACAACCUUCUCUACCGCGAGGAGGAACGCGAGAUGAUUCCGUUCUGCACCUCGCAGGGCAUCAGCGUCAUCCCGUGGUCGCCGCUCGCAUGCGGUCUGCUCGGGAAGCCGGUCGGCGAGACGAGCGUGAGGAACGAAGCGGAUUCCGAACGAACAUGUGGUUUAGCGAUGCGAAGAUAGAGAUCAUAGACAGAGUAGAGGAGUUAGGUAGGAAGAAGGGGGUUCGUAUGGCGAGCGUGGCCACAAGCUGGGUGUUGAGGAAGGGAUGCUGUCCUAUUGUGGGGCUGAUGAGUGUGCAGAGGGUGGAGCAGAUUAUGCAAGCUUUGGAGGUGGAGUUGAGCGACGAAGAGAGCAGGUAUUUGGAGGAGUACCAGCCGAGAGAGGUG